UGGCUCCUCUUUUGUCCAGGACUCAUCUCCUGUGGCUGUGCAGAGGGAAGCGAGUUGCUGUGGGAGGGGGGGGUGUCUCUGAGAAGUCAUGUUGAGAAGGCAGAUAUGCUAAUGGCUUUAACAGCUGAGUCUCCAGGCUUUGCAUUGAGGAAUUUCACAGAAAGUGUUCAAUGGCUGUUUUUUCAGCCCCUCCAUGUGAAUAUUGCGUAGUAACAGUCGGUUUGAACAGACAGCAGCUCAAGCGCCUCUGGCUGUGCUCUUAGGAACAACAUCAACUGAUUGUGCAGCAAAACAACCUGGAUUAAGGCUGUUCUCCAAUGAGAGAAGACACACGAUAUCUUGAUUAGACGCUUUUAAGCACACCUGUACGUUUUCGGUUGACUCCAACUGUAUUUGUAUUGACAUUUUUUUGCCUUGUAAUUAAAUGUGCAAUCUAAUUUAGCAGUUUUUGAGGUCAGUCAGAUGCGUUUCCUACAUUUGCAACAUCAGUAUGCAAAAGCAGAUUAAAUCACAUAAAUCUCGUCGACACAUCACCGAAUAGUCCCUCUUCGUAUAUAUAUCAUGAAAGGUUCCUAUCCAGGCUGUUGAAUAUGCUUCUAUUGACUGACUGGGUUAUUGAUUAGGCCAAGCUUUAACAGGAUUACAACGCUAACCUGAUUGGAAUAAUGCAACAGGGAUUUACUUGUGCAUGUUAGCGGCUACACAGGUGCAGCGACUGACUUUGUUUUUUGUGCCGUCGUCCAGGGAGAACGAGGGAGUUGUCUCAGCAGACAGAAGUUUUAGUAGCGUGCUUGUGUCACAUUCCUCCCUCAAAGUGACUCGCAGCAUCAUGUUAGUUUUCUUCCCACAGAAACUUUUGACUAAACACACUCGUAUAGUUGCACGCAAUUUCCCGACCACCUCGGUCGAAUCUCACAUGCUGGCAAAUUUCCAAUCCAUCUCCACACACAAAUGAGAAAACACAAUCCCAGCCACCCACAGCUCAUUAAGGGCUCUGUCUAUAAUGAUGAUAGUGUGACAUGGUGAGAGUGAUGAGCAGCUUUAGCGCUUUUUAGUCGCCAGUUACCAGGGUGAAGCGAUUCUGUGAAUGAAAGCCAGAUCGUUAGUAACCUGGUGUCAACAGCCUCUCAUUAGUCCUGUAUAGUGGGACACAUAAACAUCACCCUCCGCCUCCACACACACACACACACACACACACACACACACACACACACACACACACUUGCUUUUGUCCUCCAUACCAAUCAUGAAAGCUUGUUUAACAAAUUGUAGCACACCUUAGAUCCUCAUUAGGUGUUAUAGUAAAGAUGUGUGCUGCUGGUAAAAUGAGAGAGAAAGAGCAAAUUGAAGGACAGAUGGAGAAGACGUGAGGAGGGACUGGUCAGCUGCAGCCUGAUAUAUGAGUGGACACAAUGAGCCCCGGCCAGCCUCUGCCACAUGUGAGUGUGUGAGCUAAAGCAGUGGGGGAAGGGAAAACUGACCACACAUGCUGGGACACACAGUCCUGUUUACUGCUGCACAGAGUCAUGGAGCCUCAAGGAAACAAGAGUGCAGGGGCCACAACUGAGAGAAAGGAAACUGAAAAAUUAAAUACAAAGAAAGCAAAACGCAGAAUUAUGAAAGUAAGCUAGUUUGUUAGUGGCAUUUAGGAGCAAAACUGUGUGACAGGCUGCACCCAUUUCGACUUGCUAUUUGAUUAGGAGCUUAAAAAUGCCUUGGAGGUUAGGGACGUGUAAAACCUGAAGCAGACAUGGUACAGUGUUUGAGCGGCUGACAGCAGUGUGGCCUGGUGGACUGUGCAGGCCUGGAGAUAAGGGGGAAGGGCAAACAGGAGGGAGAGGGAGGCUCUUCUCAGUAGAUCCUCCUUCACACUGACUCCGUGUUCAGUGUUUUAGACUAUGGCCUGCUUACAUAACAAUCUAACCCUCAUUUACCCUUUAAGAAAGUAGGACAACCUUAGCUGGCUGUUGUAUGAGUACGCUACUGUUUAUAGCGACAAGAAUCCUGAUACUCUACGUGUAUGUUCACAACCCAUUUCUCAUCUGUUCUGUAUUGAUCUUAGCACUGGCAUGAAUCAACUUCUAACUAAUACAAAUCACCCAAUAAUGUGCAAACAGCGGUUAGGGGUCAUUUAUCAACGCUCUAAGUAAGCAUGUUCUGUCUUUUUCUCUCUGUUUUUUGCCUCUUACCAUAAGCAUGCAAAUGGACAAUGUGUGCUGAGUGUAUGGAGAGGAUAUGUGCUUUGUAAAUAGAUCUCAGGUUAGAUUCCUGGCAUUCCAGCAUGCUUGACUCAUCCGAUAGAUGACCAAGAGUCCGUCUGCCAGCUGAAGCUAAACGCUGCAUGAAAGCCACAAUAUGGGAGUGUGCUUUUCUGGAGCCUGUGUGUGUCUCUCUGUGUGUGUAUUUCCGAUUGUCCGUCCGUCUUCAGGGGAUUUCUUUGUUUAUUGUGAGUGGGGUAAAAGCACUAACAGAGAACCGUCAGCUCCAGAAGGGUGAUUUUUGUUUCCACUCCCCAUCCCACACCAGCUAGCCAUCUCUGAUGCUCCACAACCCCCAAAUCCCAUUCCAGUCCGCCCCUUCCCCCACAUGUACUUCCAUCUAAUUAACCCCUAAUUACUCAUACUGACCACGCAGUGGACCAGGAGUCAAACUGGCCUCUGUGGACACACAGAAAACAUUAAUGAACUGCAUAAUUGUGCAUCCUUAAAACAGAAAAUCAUGUGGUUCGGCCAAACAAUAUACUAAGUUAUCUCUAUAUGCAAUUGAUAAACACCUUCAAAUAAAGAUUGAAACACUGGAACUGCUUUUUAAUGGAGGCUGGGAGGUUCUCUUUACUCCCAUCCCCAGCUUUACACACUCACAUAUUGCACGCUUUGUUUUUUGGUGAUGCCACAGUGCAUUCAAGCGUAUGUCUUCAUGAAAACAGAUGAGAAAUUGACCAUGUUUACUUAAUUUCUGACUCAAAAGAGACUUACUUGCUUGUGUUGAGACAAUUCAUUACACACAGGCACACUCAAAGCAGAAUUCUACUUCUGAGUACGGUGUCAUGGCAGCUACAUUGUUAGUGAUUGUGGUGUUUCUUUCAUGUCCCAGAAGACUUUAUUGUAAAUUCCAUGUGCCUCCUCACACAUGCAGUAUUUAUCUGCUUGUGAUUGUGCAUUUCCUUCUAGCCCACUCUGCUUGAUCCUGUCCUGCCUCAACAUGUUUGGGUCUCUAACAGGCCGUCUCCUCUUCUGAUGUAAUCUUGUCGUUCUCCACACAAAAGCAAUUUGAGGCAUAAACAUUUUCUUCACCACUAUUGUUACUGGUCUGUAUCAGGAAAUGAAUGCAAGAGAAUGCAGACAUGUCUACUUGUGGCUUCAGAAUAAACACAUAAAACGGAUGUGACACAGCCCUGCUUUGCACCAUAAACACUAAACCUUCCAAUGAUAAAGAUUCCUAGUGGCAACGCAGCUGUUAUUCAAGCUCAUAAUAUAAUGUAGAAGAUCUGAGCUGCUGCAGGAGGCACAAAAAAAAAUCUUUUAGUUAUUUUUUUGCCUGUAAGUAGAGUUAAAGAGAAAGAUUUAAACAGGCACGUACAUCAAAGUGCCAACUUGCCUGAAUACGAAUAAGUGUCUGAAUUGUCUAUGAAGCUGUAAAUGUGUAGAUCAUGUUCAGACUGACAUUAGAUCUGCCUCAAAACAAAUUAGCAUUUCUGUUUAUUGUUAAAAGAGAAACGGCCUACUUCUGACAGCUCUGCGAAGAAAGAGUAAACAGUGAGGCUGUUUAUAUGAACACAACAAUGUUCAAGUCAGGAAACUUUUCAAACCUACAGAGGAAGAUAAAAGCACAAAGGCUGUGGGAAAAGUGCAAUCAAAUAUUCCCCAUUUUAACUUUACUUUCCAAAUCAAACCGCAAACAUGCACACACAAAUACAGAGUCAUGCAAACACACACACACACACCAUCACAUGCUCCCACCAACAUCAAAGCAGUGAUAAAAGCCUGUCCUGACGCACAUCUUCUGUGACAAGAAGCAUCUGAGCUGCAACUUUUUUCCACGAAAGAAAGCUUAAAGGCUUUUUAGGGUUAUCAAAGUAAUUUAUCCCAAAAAUGAAAUCCACGCCAAAGCAAAUCCACACAAAAAGAGAAGGCUGGGAAAAUGUAAGCAGUGAAGCUGAACACUUUGUGGAAGUAAAUGGAAAUCAAUACAAAGUAAAAGUUGCUGGGAAGCAGAAGUAGUGGAGGCAGUUUGUUUAAAUGGAAGAUGUAAAGAAGAUGACUUUAAAUUGAACUUAUUUUCAUGGCUAGGUCCCUAAGCAUAUGGAGUUAAAGUCUAUCCAGAUCCAGAUUUAGGCACAUAUGAGAACAACAUAGCAACAGUACAGCAUGUCGAGCAGCAUGACUAUCGAUAUUUUUGUCUUCCGCUAUAAGGUGCCUUCUCUGACACAUUGACCUUCUUUUGUAUUCUUGUUUCUGUGUUUUUCUCUAUGUGGUUUCCACUGUACAUGAGUCCAGUAUCCAAACUACAGCAGAGCACAGAGGAAACACUAGUCAACAGUAUGGUAAUCACAAUGAUUAAGGGAGGCCAUCACGGUACCAAUCCGGCUUAGUACUCAUCUUUGUCUAUUGGUAAGUCAAGCAUGACCAAGAAUGGAGGGUGUUUCCAAGCCCCAAGCCUACAUGAAGAGCUAGAUUAGGGUUACGGGCUCCUCACUCAUCCCUUCUAACACCCAAACCCAGCUCCCUGACAUCCUCGCUUCAACACAGAUGUCUGAUCCUACAGCACUUACAAAGAAGUAAGAGGUUUUAGUCAGCUACAGAAAUUCACAUUUCUCAAAUAACUGGCAAACCUACGAGUGUGAAAUUUAAGUUUUUUUUUUAGAAAAUCGUUUCAUCAAGUAGCAAUCUUAGUAAUCUAUACAGUGUGAAAAUAUGAAAAAUAUCUACAAUAGAAAUGAGGUGAAUAUAGAUAGCUGCAUGUCUGUUAGUCAACAAAAAAAGAAAACAGUAUUUAUAUAGAGCUAACUAACUGUACUUUACUUUCAUUGUGAGGCAUGUCAGGCAUUUUCCAAUGAGCCCCUUGUAAUAAUAAAUAUACACAUCAUUAAGUAGAUCUUUUUUGUGUAUAUGUAUCGUAAGUAUCUACCCAUGUGGGAGAAAAAUGUUUUUCCACAGAGAGAAUUAAGUGGAAAUGUUACAUUUGAAUAUGUUUCUUGAAUUUCCCUUAGGAUCAAUCAAGUAUGUACCUACCAAUACAGCACAAGUCUCAUAUACCCUUCAACUGCCUUAUUUUACAGUGGAUGAUGAUGAUAUGGAAAUCCUUAACAAAUCCGUGGAUCCAGACUAUAAGCUGCAUCACUGCCAAAAUCUAAUCACUUGGUCCUUGUGCCAUUUCUGACCUUCCCUGAGAAUUUCAUCCAAAUUCGUUUUUGAGUAAUGUUGUGCACAGACAGACAGACAGACAGACAGACAGACAGACAGACAGACAGACAGACAAACGUACGCUGAUCGUCACAUAACUGCUGCGUUCCCUGGAGUAAUAAGUUGCAGUGACACUAGUUUAUAUUAAACAGCGAUACCAUUUUGUGCUACUGCACAGUGGUUAUGGAGUUGGUUUUGAUAUUUGUGAAGCAGUAAAAUUAAGUUUAUAAGCUUAUUGUAAGGAUAAGGAGUAAAGCCAGUGUUACACUUUUUGCAUAUGUUAAGUACGCAAAGGCUUGCAAAGGUCAGAGUGAUGUAAAUCUAGUCAUCUGCCCAAGUCUGUGGGAGUUCACUUGGAAACAAAUUUGUGUCUGUGCAGCCACAACACUACAAGGGCAGUAGUGCACAUGUUCGGUAGUGUCCAUAUGUGGUAUAAGAAGACAAUCUACUGCAUAUGCCGAGCAGACUUAAGAGGAGUAUAAUUAGAACAAGUACAUGUUCAUAGUGUCCGCAGCUGCACGUCCGCAGGAAGUAUAAUCCCAGCUUAAGUUUACCAAUGAUGCUUCUUUAAUUCUUGUCGCUUACUGUCAGAUUGUCGUCAGGCUCUGACACUCCCAUAAGCCUUAUGUGCUCUAAUCCAUCAUUAGUCUGGUUUCCUCCCUCAGUCUGGUCCUUGACCCAUCCAGACCCUCCGGUUCACUCUUCCAUCCUCUGAUCUCACAGUGAUCCCUCCAUUUGUUCAGUUUUCACAUUCCUUUGCUGAAUUUUGAUGAGGAUUCCAGACAUAGUAGAUUGCUGCAUUUAAAUAUGUCUUGGCGAGAUUACAGACCAUCUGGUGACGACGGAGUGAGAAGAAUAGAUUGAAGCCGGCAAGUGAAUGGCUCAUGCCUGCAAUCAGCAUGACCAGUCUGUUGAAGAUGCACUGGUCUCCGGAGCACGCCGCCCCUUUAUCUCAGUGGCCUGAGCAGCACCUAGAUGUCACCUCCACCACUUCACCCCCAUCUGCCCACAAACACGACCCCUACACCUCAGCCGCUCGCCGCAGCUAUGCCCCUGCAGGUUAUCCUUGGGCCAGUGAUGACAUAUCAGCACUCACCGCUUCUUCUCUGCUCAAGCGCUAUGCUGAGAAGUACUCAGGCCUGGAGUUGUCCUAUGAGCGCCCAGCUACCGGGGCCUACGCAGAGCCUGGAACUUUCCUGAAAACAGAAUCUGAACCCUGGGCUCUGGGUCAGGGCAUGGAGUGUUACCCCGGACUGGAGGCACUAACUGGCACCAAAGUGGGCUCUGCCUCUGUGGGGAUCCCAGCCACAGGGAGCGUAACAGUAGUGAGCAGUAACUUGGCCUCGGAGCCGGGCUACAGUGGUGUUGGCACCUGCAGCACCCCAUCCUCUCAGGAAUACCCUCCUGCCUACAACAGCACCUAUCUGUCCUCAGGAUACUGCCCUCAGCCUAGCGCAGCACUUCCACCUGCCCCUCUACACUCUUUGCAGGCCGCACCUACUCUAGUGCCCAGCUACAGCACCAGCACUCCUGUUUACAACUACCCACCAGGAUGCUACCCCCAAACCAGCCUGUCCUCUGGAUACAGCCACCCCAGUGCCUCAUACCUGCCCUCUGGGAUUAGUGCUCCCACUCCUCUGGCCCCUAGGCCCACCAUGGUGGGCGGCAGUUACAGCUACCCAUCCCACAGCCUCGGAGGGAGCUCAGAGGCAGGGGUGCCGCUGAAACGCAAGGCCUUUGAGAUGACGGAGGAAGAACAGGAGGGAGCAGAGGUGGAGGGAUCUCGCUACAGAAAGUACGGCAACGGCCACGGAAACAGUCACAGCAAAGGUCACGGUAACGGCAACGGCUACGAUAUGAGCGGAUCGGCCUCAGACCCACAGGCUUACAAAUCUGGAAAGCCUCUGAUAUCACCCCCUUAUGGCGGGGCAGGGGACUACAGCCCACCAUCAGGCCUUGCAGGAGAGAGUGUAUCAGGGGAGCACAGCUUUCCUCAGCAGCAGAGAAUGUCUAUGAAGAUACCUUCAUCUCACACUCGAUCUGAGGACCCCACUGGAGGGCGCUGACAGCCCGGGCAGAAUUUGAGAGGAUUCCCCUCGCUCCUCAAAACCAACCCAGGGUUCUUUACCUAGACACACAUGGAGAAUUACAUUGGAUUUGUAAGUGAAAAGUUGAAUUUCCCGAGCAAACACAAGAGGGCACUAGACUGGUACUUCUUGUGCAUGUUUUAAUAUUUUCAUUACUCAUGAUUUUCCAAAGAUUCAUAGAGGCGUUUUGCCCUCUGAGGUUGAGGUUAAGUCGUGGGAGUGAGGUUGAGGCAUUCUCUACAUAGAUAGCAUUAAGACAGUCUAAAUGUAUGAGUGUCUGUUUCUCUCAGGAUCCUAUUUAUUUCCUUUCUGCUACUGUGGCAGCAGCACUGCAACGUUGCUGUUUGAGAAGUUGGUGUAAUUAUUUGUGGCCGUUAUGUAUGUAAAAGGCCCCUGACUGCAAUAUGUUCUAUCACACCACAAAAAAAAAAUCAUUACUGACCAAAAAGUGGAGAGAGCAAUAACUGAAAUGGUGAGAUUGCCAUACUACUUCAGCACAAUCACUGCUACACAGCUGACUGCAGGGCCUGCUGCGUCACUCGGCCUUGAGAAAUGAAUGUUGUCCUGCUUUUUCCUUAUUCUUGACAUUUUUUGGUUUUUGUAGCCUCCUUUUGUCUCAUUCUUUAUCUAAUUUCGACCCUGGAGCCCUGCCUCCUCUGCUCAGCCCUUCUCAUUGUUUUUUUUUCCAAUUUAUACAUAUCAAGCUGCUCAAAUGAUUAUGUGGUAGUGGACAUGAAGCUGCCCUUUAAUUUCUUUGCGAGUGGGGAAAUAAUCUAAGAUUCUCUAUUCAUUUAAAAAUACAAUAUUUAGCAUUUUAAAAUGACAGUAUAUAAGUAAAUGCAGCUCAUCUUCAGAGCAUGUAGUUGACGUGCUUAUUUCUGCUAAUCUUAAAAUGAACCGUUUCUCAAGAGAAUGUGAGCAAUGCAAAACCUGGCCAAGCGUAUGCCUUGUGUUUAGUAUUUAAAAUAUUACAAAAUAAGUUACAACCAAAAACCAAACAACCAAACUUAAGUCUGCGUACUGCUAAAAUUCACUGAGAGCAGUUCAAAGGUGCUUGAAGGCUUUUUAUGGCUUAUUUUGGAUGCACAGAUCAGACUGAGAGGCCUGCAGGUUGCAGUGGAGGAUAUAUGCAUCUGGAUGAGUGCCUCUAACAAUUUUUUUUUUUGCUCAACAUUACAUUCUUUAUGAAGAUUUACCAGCCUGUCUGCUAAGAUUUUACUUUUUAAAAAAAAUAUGCAUUCUCUUUACUUUUGCCUCUCAGAAGGAUGAUUUAUAGUCGUGCUAUCGAAUACUCAGGAAGAAUAUUGUUACCUCAGAUUGAUAAAAAGAAUAAAUAAGAAUGUAUGUUAUUACCUUAAGGUGUUUGUAGGGAGCUUUAUGGAGCAAGAUGAAAACGGAGCCAUGGCUAACACUUCAGGGAAACAAUGAACUUGCAAGGCCUUCAAUAGUAUGAAACUCUCGCACACACACACACAUGCAUGCAUGCACACAAACGCUAUCCGCACGGCUUCUUUAGCUCUGGGAAACUUGAGGUUUUUGUACCAAGGCCUGAAAUGUUGAAUGUAAUUCAGAUAUUUUUUUUUUAAAAGGACAAUACAUGCCAUAAUGUACAUCAAUGAUGUUUUUAGAUAUAUGAAACAUAUUUUCUUCAUGUAUAGAUGUAAUUGUCUUUUAGGUUUUGGUGGAGAAAUGAAUGACAUGUUAAGUGUUAGUGUAGUUAGCAGUGGGGAAACGGUUUUUGCGGACAAAACAAAGCACUCCUCAUCAACACAUGUUGGCAUAUCAAGACAUACACACACUGCAGUAUGAGCUCUAUAAUAGGAAGGCUUAUUAAAUGUCUUAAUAAAGUAUCCAAUUCCCAUUUCCCAUGUCAGUCUUUUAAAACCACUUGACACUGUGUCACCAGUCAGUCAGCUUAAAAUAGCUCUAACAUGAAUUGACACCAUGAAGAAGGGAAGGUUUAAUAUUAUCAGAGUGUGCACUGUUAGAAAAUAUGUACAGCUGCAACUCGAAACUUUUUUUUCCCACUGUGUUGUAGCUUUGCUGCCCCGCUAUGCCAACCCUUCAUAAACUGUGCCAUAUGUAUUUUUGCAAAUUAUACGCUUUGGAGGAUCUGGCAAAACCCAACUUCAAAGUUAACACAGACAAUGGAUCCCCUUUAAAUAGUAAGAUUUCAGAGAUUCAGUGUGAUGAAAAAGUAUUUUCUUGCCUCUUUUGGAAAAGUACACACAUCUUACUCAGAAUGUGGUUCUGGUAUUGAAAAAUUGACAGCAGAUAGCAGAGGAAGCUUCAAAAUAAAAUACAGAUAAUUAAAAAAAGGUGUUAAACAAAUAAUGAUGUACUCUUACCCCCAGAUUUUAAAAGUAUUUAAGCGCUUAGCUACAACAAAUGAAUGCUCUUCAAUGCCACACAAAGAAUGUGCUCUACAUGACCCUACACACUGCAAGAAGUAUUUGCUGUUUCCUGGUUUUCUUGGUUACUCUGAUUCAGUGAAGGAAGUGGAGUCAAGUUUGUCAGAUGGACAAAAUUUGGACUUCGGUGUUAUCUUUGUAAUUCAGUUGUACUUUUGUUGUAUCUUGUACAUUCUCUGUAACCAUUUCUACCUCAUUUUGAAGACAUUAUACAUGGAAGUAUUUAUUUCAUGUCAUUUCACAUGCCAGUUUAAGGAGCAAUGUUGUUUCUAAUUCUUGGCCUGUUAUAGUCUACCUCACUGAAGACUGUUGUGUCAUGGAAAUGAAGAUAUUGUACCAAAAAAAAAAAAAAAAAGUCUUUUUGUCUGUGGAAAUGAAAAAAAAAUAUUUGAGGUUUGA